AUGCAGACCUGGAUUCAAAUCCCGCUCAUGCUACUUUUGUCCGUGGACAAAGACAAAAACUCCUCCACUGAUCUUAAGUCAGGAGACUCUGUGCUGGCAUCAGCAGGAGAAUCCUGUGUCGUGGACUCGGACAAGCGUGGAAAGAGAUCCCAGGAGAUGGAAAAGGAGGACCGACAGUCAGCGCAUGAACCUCAGCAGGAUCGUCAGGAAACUUUGAUGGGUAAGACUGCACUUAAGCCUGUCAGUGCUGAAGGCUGCUUUCCACAGAGUGGCAUAGAAGAAGAUAGCAGUGUGCAGACUGCAGCUGUGUUGGCAGUUCUGAGAGUGUGGGAUCCUCGAACGUGUGCAAAACUAAUGAAGCUGAAAGGUCACACAGACAAUGUCAAGUCUUUGCUGUUGAAUCGUGAUGGUACUCAGUGUCUUUCAGGCAGUUCUGAUGGGACCAUCCGCUUGUGGUCUCUUGGCCAGCAAAGAUGUAUCGCCACGUGGGUGCACGAUGAAGGGGUGUGGGCCCUGCAGGUCAAUGAGGCCUUUACACAUGUUUAUUCAGGAGGCAGGGACAAACAGAUUUACUGCACAGACCUGCGAAACCCAGACAUCCGUGUGCUCAUCUGUGAGGAAAAAGCGCCAGUUCUCAAAAUGGAAUUGGACAGAUCUGCUGACCCACCUCCAGCAAUCUGGGUCUCCACCACCAAGUCAUCAGUUAACAAAUGGUCUCUAAAGGGAAUGCACAACUUCCGAUCAUCAGGAGAGUAUGACAAUGAUUGUACUACUCCGUUAACACCGUUAUGUACUCAGCCCGAACAAGUCAUCAAGGGAGGUGCCAGUAUAAUACAGUGCCACAUUCUGAAUGACAAGAGACACAUACUCACCAAGGAUACCAACAACAAUGUGGCAUUCUGGGAUGUCUUAAAGGCAUGUAAGGGAGAAGAUCUUGGGAAGGUUGAGUUUGAUGAAGAAAUCAAGAAGCGUUUCAAGAUGGUCUACGUGCCAAACUGGUUCUCUGUUGAUCUUAAAACUGGGAUGCUCACCAUCACACUGGACGAGAGUGAUUGCUUUGCUGCCUGGGUGUCUGCAAAGGAUGCUGGCUUUUCAAGCUCUGAUGGAUCUGACCCAAAGUUGAACCUUGGAGGAUUGUUGCUUCAGGCUUUGCUGGAGUUCUGGCCUAGAACGCGCAUCAACCCCAUGGAUGAGGAGGAGAAUGAGGUCAAUCAUGUGAACGGCGAGCAGGAGAACAGGGUCCAGAAAGGAAAUGGAUAUUUCCAGGUGCCGCCGCAUACACCAGUCAUCUUUGGGGAAGCGGGAGGCAGAACUUUGUUUCGGUUGUUAUGUAGAGAUUCAGGUGGAGAGACUGAGUCCAUGCUGCUAAAUGAGACUGUUCCACAAUGGGUUAUUGACAUAACUGUAGAUAAAAAUAUGCCUAAAUUCAACAAAAUUCCAUUCUACCUCCAGCCUCAUUCUUCUUCUGGUGCAAAAACUCUGAAGAAGGACCGGCUUUCAGCCAGCGACAUGCUCCAGGUGAGGAAGGUGAUGGAGCACGUUUACGAAAAGAUCAUCAACUUGGACAAUGAGUCUCAGACCACCAGCUCCUCUGCCAAUGACAAACCUGGAGAGCAGGAGAAGGAGGAGGACAUGGCCAUGCUAGCUGAGGAGAAGAUUGAACUAAUGUGUCAAGACCAGGUUCUAGACCCAAAUAUGGACCUGCGAACAGUUAAACAUUUUAUCUGGAAGAGCGGCGGAGACUUGACGCUUCACUAUAGGCAGAAGUCCACGUGAAAGUCACCCUCUUUUUUAAAACAAAAAACAAAAAACUGUCAUUUGCCAAUCAAUGCCCAACUUUGACAUGUAGUACCCUCAACUCCCAUCGUGAUCGAGAGUCACAUUAUCGGUGAGGUUCCAGUGAAAUGUGAGGACUUGGGCUCAUGGUGUAUCAUAAGGGUCUCAAAGCAACAGGUUGAAACAUCAAGGACAUCUGGAAGAUGCUGGCAUUUUUUCUUUAAAGCAGUUUGAAGAACGAAUUAAAACUUAGUUUUUAAAAAUUACAUUUACAUUUUCUUUUACCUAUUGGCAUUAUAAUUUGAAGCGACCAUACCUGUUUAUGUCUGUGUGUGUAUAUGCACAGUAGACUGUUCUAGCACAUUCCGUAAGCUGCUGCUGUCCUUCAGACACACCACUGUAUCACCACUUGGAGUACACGUGGUCUCCGGGUAAUUUCAGUCAUCGUCUUCUGUUGUCCGUUGACUAAACAUUUAAUUGUCGCUCAGCUUGAGCCUCAUUUACAACAGCACUUGUCCUUUUGUCUUUUUAAGAUGUGCUGUCAUCAGUCGAAUGUUUUGUAAAUAUGUAUUUUUAUGAUUUUCAGCUGUUUAAUUUCGUUGUACAGUUUACUUAAAACCAGGUUUUGUUUUUCAGAAAUCCUCCAAUGUGUGGUGGUCAACAAAACUAUUUGACUUGGUUGCUCAAAUGACAUGUAAACCACCAAACAUAAAAUGCAGUUCUCUCUUAAGGGUGUUAAUAGUUGUCCAAGUCAGCUUAGCAACUUGGACGUUAUAUAUAAGCUAUAUAUCAUUAAGUAGUACCACAUGCUUUCCUGCUCUGUUCUCUGGUCAGCAGUGACGGUGCUGAUCGUGAGGACUGUUCCUAAUGUAAAUUUCAUUUAGAUCAACUGGGAUUUCAAUCAGUUACUUGAAGAAUCUCAACCACGAGCUAUAUGAAUAUUCACCACUAUGUGAAAGUCAAAGUGAAAUAACUUCCCCCCCCCCCCCUUCAUUGUAAGUUUUUUGUCCUUUUGCCAUGAAGAAUGUGUUUGCGCAACGCCAUAGUCCGUACCGAGUGAGCUCUGAUUGGCCAAAACAGGAUGGAUCCUGUUAUUGCGCCAUAAUACUGCAAUAGCCCUUGUAAUAAUUUGUGAAUUCUGUAUAUUUUAGGCCUUCUAAGAAAUAAAUGGGAAUGGUUUAAUAAUUACA